GAACAAGUCUCUCACACUCAUAACAUUCCAAGCAACGUGUCGAGCGCCUUUGCGACGCCCUCGAUGUCCUGCAGAAUCAUCUGAUGACCACUUUUCACUACCACAACUUCCGAGGGCCCUCCCACCAAGCUGCUGAUAUCCUUUGACCUCUGCGGCGGGCUGAUCAUGUCCUUGUCACCGGCCACAAACACAGCCGGACUCUUGAUCAGGCUGUAAUCGGGGUCAUAGUGGUCGUCGCUGGCAACUAGUUCUGCCGUGGCUGCAUAUGCCUCAGCAGAGCAAGAGGACACAGCGUCACGAACCUGCUGUUCGUGCACGCUGUCGUUGACACGAUCCGCUGGGAAAUUCGUCUUGACCGCGAUCUGUCCGACCUCAUCCAUACCCUUUUCGCGUGCUGUUUUCGCAAGAUCACGCAUGCGCUGCUGUGCCGGCGGAAUACCUCUCACGGAACGGCCUGCGCCCAGAAGUAAAAGUCCUGCCACUUUGGCGGGGUGCUGGGCUGCAUAGUGCAAGCUGAUGAUACCGCCGAGGGAGUGACCGACGAGGAGAACGGAUUCUUUGCUCCCUUCGUCCCCUGAACUGUUGGUCGUCCCUGAUGCCGAGUUUGAAGGAUGUUCCUGAAUAUAUGUGAUGAGAUCGUGAAGGGAAUCAAGUCUCGGAAUGUCUCUGUUGAGCCGCCUAGCCCAUGUAACAAGACUGCGAGAUGGCCUCCCUGGUUGCCAGAUGAGAUAUAGUGGAUGUCGGUACCGUCAGGCGUGAGAUGUCUUUUUGAUGAAUGCGGCUGCAUCUUUGUGGUUGCUGGUGGUCGUGCAAUGUUUUUGUUCCGAGCAGCAAGCAGCAACCAAGGACCACAUGUAUGCUCGCUCACUGUGACUAGGACUCAUCGAGGCUGCACAGCAUGAACCCAUGUUGGUGGACCAGAGCCUCGGCCGAGCUCCACUUCUCACGUCGGCCGAAGACGAUACUCCUAGUACACAUGAUUGAGCUUCAUGCCAGCGCUUCCUGGGUUCAUCUCCAGCUAUAUGCUCGGCCGACUGGUCGAGGUCAAGGUGCGCAGUCGCUCAUGGUCGGCUGGGGAUUAGUGCUUCCAAGCCUAGAGGCGAAAGUCGAAGAUUGAAAAGACGUUCCUGUUUCACAACUGCAAUUGCUGCCAACUACCACCUUGCCAUUACCAUCGACAGCAUCAAAUCUCCGCCGCGAUGGUUGUCGAAGCUCUCACGGAGGUCAUUGCUCCGGAAGGUGUCAAAGCAAGGCUCGUCGCAACUAGGUCAUCGGAUAUCACCCUCCCACACGCUGAAAAGACAGAUGGACGAAUAGUCCCUCUUAAGCAUCCGGCUGAAAGCAAAGUUGACUUCGGAGCCGAGGUGUACGGAAUAGAUCUGAACCAACUCACUGAUGCGGAUUUUGAAUUGAUCUCCGAUGCCCUGCACCGACACAAAGUCUUGAUUUUUAAAGAGCAGCCGGAGAUGCUGAAACCGCAACAGCAGUACCUGCUGACUGCAAACUUCGAUCCCGACGAGACGACGGGAGGCUUCGCACAUGGCGCUGAUCCAUUCUUGACCUCGCACAAUGGCGUCAACAUCUAUGGCAUCCAGAGCAGACCUGCCCUUCCUGUUCAACCGCAAGUACAUAUAUUGGGACGAGGCGAGGUUCCCGAGGAUCAUUAUCAGUUUCCUCCGGGGUUCAAAGUCAAGGGCAUCGAUCAUCACGAAUUCCAUCUCCCGCCUCACAUUCCCAAAGAGGAGCGGGAGAAAGGAGCCAGCAGGUUCUACCAGUGGCAUUGGGACGGAGCCUUGUACAAUAUCCCGCCUCCGCGGGUGGGCUGCUUACUCGCGGUCAGGACCCCGAAAGGACCGGAUGUGACAGUUCGCUGGGACGAUGGCACCGAGACGGAGAUGAAAAUUCCACCUGGAGCUACCGCCUAUGUCGCCGGAUCCAGAGCUCUGGAGCUUCUCGACGAGGAGACAAGACAUAUUGCCUUUCAUUCUCGGAUCGAGUAUGCGCCACAUGCUUUCAAGUGGAUGUCAACCGCCCAUAGCGCCCGACUCGGACACAUCCUGGAGACGGAAGGCCUCGAGCUACCACGCGAAAAGCUCCCACCCAUCGACGAAAGCAAGAUCUGCAUCUACCCUAUGGUGUGGACCAACCCGAAGACCGGUGAAAAGUCCUUGCAGGUGCACGGACAAGGAGCGGUGAAGUUGUACCUCAAAAGCAGCCCCGACGGAGAAGAAAAGAUUGUCGAUGAUUUGAAAGAAGUGAGGGAUUUCAUGCACAAAAUCAUGCGGCCAGCAAUCUCGCCCGAGAACAUAUACGCCCAUCCUCACCAGGAGCAAGACGUCGUCCUUUGGUACAAUCGUGCAUUGUGGCACAGCAUCACCGAGUUUCCUGAGUCGUAUGGGCCAAGGAUCAUGCAUCAGUGUAAUAUUGCGGCAUCGGACCACCCAUCAGGGUAGCAGCCUCGGUAGUGAUGGAUGUGAAUGAAUGAGAGCGAUAUUCCUCCUUUUCCGGGAUAGUGCAAGCCAUGAACACGCCUUCGUUGUAAUUGGCGAUGUCCUGAUCAAAAUUCCCUCCUAUAGCAUGAGCCAUCUUUUUCUGGAAAGGCUAAGCAUAAGAUAGAGCAUGGUAUUAAAAUGAGACCCCCAUUGGGCGAGAAACAA